GAAGAGCCUCACCUUGGGAUUUCUAUCCAUGAGCAAGAAGACAGUGUCAUAAGAUAAGAUUUAAAAGUCCCACCUUUCAUUUCCAGUGAUAAAUUGGCUCUAUCAUCACCACGUAGAAAGCUUCAGGCACUCAUAAUAGUUUGGGUUUUCUCUCUUCCUAAGUAUUUCUAAAUUUCAAGUUCUGCAAUUCCGAGUUUUUGUCUCCUGAAGCUUCAGUAGGAGAAGAAAGGGAUGAAGAACUUAAUUUAGUCACAGACCAACGCCAUGACUUCUGCAUUUCAGGUCAAUAUGAUGUCUGUAAUGCCAUGCUCUAUAAGCAAUGUUUCACUCAUUCCUGGAACUACAUUUACAACAAGGAUGAACAAUUGUUUGACAAGAGUCAGUUUGUCAAGGAAGUGCACUAAACUUCCAUCAUCCACCCAGAAGUAUCUGCUACCUUUGUCAACUUCUAUUAAGUUGCUCCCUCAACAUGGUAGGGGAUGUUCUUUGCAUUAUAUAUCAAGAACCAAUACAAUAUCAGCCACAGGCAUUGACGUUGCAGUGGAGGAACCAGGUUCACCCAUUCCAGAAGAAGCUUCUGGUGUAGUAUCAGAAGUAAAGCCUGAUGAAGUUGGAAGUGGUGAAAAAUCCUCCAAUGAUACAGAUCGCAGUCCUGCUCCAACUAAGUCCAAACGUCCAAGACCUGUUAGGAAAAGUGAGAUGCCCCCAGUAAAGGAUGAGGAACUGGUUCCUGGUGCAGCUUUUACUGGGAAAGUAAGAUCAGUUCAGCCAUUUGGUGCUUUUGUUGAUUUUGGAGCUUUUACCGAUGGCCUAGUGCAUGUUUCCAGGUUGAGUGAUAGCUAUGUUAAGGAUGUUGGAAGUAUUGUUUCCGUUGGGCAAGAGGUGCAGGUGAGAUUAGUUGAAGCGAACAUGGAGACAGGACGGAUUUCUCUCACUAUGCGUGAAAGUGAUGAUAUUAGUACCCUGCAGCAGCGGAAAGAUGCUCCUCCCAGUAGUGAUAAGGCUGGAGCUGCAAAAAGAAACACUUCAAGGCCCAGCCAGAGGAAAGAUGAGAUGAAAAGGAGCUCAAAAUUUGUUAAGGGGCAGGACCUACAGGGCACUGUGAAGAAUUUGACAAGGUCUGGUGCUUUUAUAUCCCUUCCUGAGGGGGAAGAAGGGUUCCUCCCCACAUCAGAGGAAUCUAAUGAAGGAUUUGAAAACAUUAUGGGGAACUCUUCACUUCAGAUUGGCCAAGAAGUCAGUGUCCGGGUGUUGCGCUUCUCAAGAGGGAAGGUAACAUUGACAAUGAAGAGGGAAGAAGAUGUUGCAAAGUUGGACUUACAGCUUAGCCAACAGGUUGUCCAUUCUGCAACAAACCCUUUUGCGCUAGCUUUCCGUAAAAACAAGGAGAUUGCUUCAUUUUUGAAUGAGAGGCAAAAGUUAGACAAAGAAGCUGAAAAACCAGCGAUAGGAAAGACUCCAGAAGAAUUAGAAGAAAAAGUCGACCAAAAAAAAACUGGGUCUGAUGAAGUGCAGGACCAACCAGCAGGCAGCUAUGAGAGAACAGUUAGUGUCUCUUCUACAGUCGAUGAAAUAAUUAAAGACAAUGAAGCUUCUUCAAAGGAGGCAGAUGUGGGAGCCAGCACAUUAGAGAAGGAUGCCUCAACCGGUAUUGCAGACAAUGAAGAUGAAGAGGGCCCAGCCUCUAGCACUACACAAAGAAUUGACAGUGCUGUCCAAACUGUAGAUAAACAAGCAGAGGUGAAUUCUAAAGUACUGGCUCCUGAAGAGAUCACGUCGAUGACUUCACAGGUAAAUGUGGGAGCUGGCACAAUAGAUAAUACAUCCAUCAAUGUUUCAGAUGAUGGGAAGGAUCCAGAAAGCACUAUCUCUAGCUCAACAUCAAGUGUAGAUGGGGUUGUUCAAACCAUGGAUAAAGCAGCAGAGGUGAGUUCUGAAAUUCUGGUUCCUGAAGGAAGUAUAUCUGCUGUUACGCAGAUAAUUGAAGAGGCACCUCCAACAAAUGGACUAGAAAAUGAUGGAAAAGCUGAGUCAGCUGGUGAAAUAUCUGGCAAAAGCUUGUCUUCAGAAAGUCCAGUAGUGGGAGACGUAAUAGAGGGUCAAGCUGAUGUCGCUGUAGUCAGUGAUGAUGUGUCUUUAGAGGUAGAUGUGGGAUCCAGUGCUUUAGAUGAUGUGUCAACCAAUGCUGCAGAUGAUGGAAAGGGUCCAGAAAGCACUCUCUCUAGUUCAACGUCAAGUGUGGAUGGUGCUGUUCAAACCAAAGAGAAAGCAGCGGAGGCGAGUUCUGAAAUUUUGGCUCCUGGAGAAAGUAUAUCUGCUGUUACUCAGAUAAUUGAAGAGGCACCUUCCCUUAUCAAGAAAACUGAAGAGGCACCUUCAACCGAUGGACUAGAAAAUGAUGAAAAAUCUGACUCAUCUGUUGAAAUAUCUGGUAAAAGCUUGUCUUCAGAAUGUCCAGCAGUGGAAAACAUAAUAGAGGGUCAAUCUGAUGUCGUUGUAGUCAAUGAUGAGAUUAAUAUAAAAGCACCCAGUGCAGAGAAUGAUCCUCCUAGCACACCAAGUGAAGAUAACAAGGUGGGACCCAACCCUGAUAAAAAUGGAAGUAUAACGGGCUCAGAUUUACAACGAGACACCCCUGCCCAGAAAACUGAACAUGGAGAGGAAAAUUAUGGAAGUUUUGAAACAUCUGGAAAGUCAACACAUGAUCAAGUUCUCUCAUCAGAAAGUCAAGUUAUUGGAGAACUUGUAGAGAACCUUGUUGACGAUGCCAAAGAUGAUGUACAGAUGCCAAAGCCUGCUGCAGAGAGUGAAACUCCUGACUCGCACAAUGAAGAUGACAAGGUGGGAGCCCCUGAGAAAAAUGACAGUGUCAACAAUUCAAAUGGAAAAACUGGCAGUCCUUCCCCCAAGGAGGGGACAACUAAAGCUGCAGCUGCUAUAUCACCAGCUCUUGUGAAGCAGCUGCGUGAAGAAACAGGAGCUGGAAUGAUGGAUUGCAAGAAAGCUCUCUCAGAGACUGGAGGGGACAUUGUUAAAGCUCUGGAGUUCCUAAGAAAGAAAGGCUUAGCAAGUGCAGAAAAGAAAGCAAGCAGAGCCACUGCUGAAGGAAGGAUAGGGUCGUAUAUCCAUGAUAGCAGGAUUGGUGUCUUGGUAGAGGUGAAUUGUGAGACAGAUUUUGUGGCCCGGGGUGACAUUUUUAAGGAGCUGGUUGACGAUCUGGCCAUGCAAGUGGCUGCAUGCCCUCAGGUGCAGUACGUCAUUACAGAAGAUGUUCCAAAAGAAAUUGUGAACAAAGAAAGAGAGAUUGAGAUGCAGAGGGAGGAUCUAUUGUCAAAACCAGAGCAAAUCAGAUCAAAGAUAGUUGAAGGGAGAAUCACAAAGAGGCUCGAGGAGCUGGCAUUACUUGAUCAGCCAUUCAUCAAGAAUGACAAGUUGGUGGUCAAGGACUGGGUGAAGCAGACCAUCGCGACCAUAGGAGAAAAUAUAAAAGUGAAGAGGUUCGUGCGGUACAAUCUUGGAGAGGGCUUGGAGAAAAAAAGCCAAGAUUUUGCUGCUGAAGUGGCAGCCCAAACUGCAGCAAAAGUGCUACCCAAAACAGAAAAAGAACAGCCUGCUGUAGUAGAAGCCAAGGAAACUAUUCAGAAGCCACCAACAGUUACAGUGUCUGCUGCAUUGGUUAAACAACUACGAGAUGAAUCUGGAGCAGGGAUGAUGGACUGCAAGAAAGCUCUUUCUGAAGCCGGAGGAGAUAUUGAGAAGGCACAGGAGUACCUUAGGAAAAAGGGUCUUUCAACUGCUGACAAGAAAUCGAGCCGUCUUGCAGCUGAAGGCAGAAUUGGGUCCUACAUUCAUGACUCCCGCAUAGGAGUGCUAAUCGAACUGAACUGUGAGACUGACUUUGUAGGUAGAAGUGAAAAUUUCAAGGAGUUGGUUGAUGAUCUGGCAAUGCAAGUUGUGGCCUGCCCGCAGGUGCAAUUUGUAUCCACCGAGGAUAUUCCGGAGAGCAUUAAGAACAAUGAGAAAGAGCUAGAGAUGCAGAGAGAGGACAUCUUAUCAAAACCCGAGAAUAUUAGAGAGAGAAUUGUUGAGGGGAGGAUCUCAAAGAGGCUUGGAGAGAUGGCUCUGUUGGAGCAGCCCUUCAUUAAGAAUGAUAGUAUUUUGGUGAAGGACUUGGUGAAACAAACUGUAGCUGCAAUUGGGGAGAACAUAAAAGUUAGAAGGUUUGUCCGGUUCACCCUUGGGGAAACAGUUGAACAUGCAAAAACAGGAACUGAAGCAUGAGAUGGAUAUAGAUACCUCAAUUUCAGCAUGAAGCAGAUAUAGGGAUGGUUUGUUGGAAAUUACAGUGAGAUGGAGGCUGGCUGAGACUAAUUUUAGAUGAGAGUAAUCUGAUUUUUUUUGUUCUGAUUAAAGUUGCUUUAAAUAUGCAGUACUAAGCUACUUUCGGCAUCUAUAUUUUGAGAUGAGAUGAGUAGUGUCUCAGUUAUUUAUCAUCUGCAGCAUGAAAGCUGCAUAAUAUUCAAUUCUAAGGAGGAAUUUUCUGAGGAUAUAUAUAUAUUUUUUAAUAGGAAA